AUGAGUGACAGUGGUUAUACAUUAAUCUAUGAGCCUAAUACGGCUACGAAAGUAUCUGUCAAUGAAUUUAAAAAUUUGUUGGAAAAGGGUAAAGAUGAUGUGAAAGUAGAUACCAUGAAGAAGAUUUUGAUUACCAUAUUAAAUGGAGACCCCUUACCUGACUUGUUGAUGCAUAUAAUCAGAUUUGUCAUGCCUUCCAGAAAUAAAGAAUUGAAAAAGUUGUUGUAUCAUUAUUGGGAGGUUUGUCCAAAAAUGGAUGAAUCAGGUAAAAUGAGACAUGAAAUGAUUCUUGUGUGUAAUGCCAUCCAACGUGAUUUACAGCAUCCAAAUGAAUAUAUUCGAGGCAAUACUUUGAGAUAUUUGACGAAAUUGAAAGAGCCAGAAUUAUUGGAAACUUUAGUUCCUAAUGUCCGUCAAUGUUUAGAACACCGUCAUGCCUAUGUCAGAAAAAAUGCUGUUUUCGCAUUAUGGUCUAUUCAUAAAGUCAGUGAUCAUUUAGCUCCUGAUGCUGACGAGUUAAUUUACAGAUUUUUGUAUGAGGAAAACGAUUCUGUUUGUAAAAGAAAUGCUUUUGUUUGUCUUGGAGACUUGAAUAGAGAAGCUGCUUUGCAAUAUAUUCAGGAUAAUAUUUCAGUUAUUGAGACUUUGGAUCCAUUGAUACAAUUGGCUUUUAUUGAGUUUAUCAAAAAGGACUCUAUUCAAAAUCCAGCUUUAAAGCAACAAUAUGCCCAAUUAAUGACAGAAAUUAUUGAAAGCUCUUCAAAUGUUGUUAUGUAUGAAGCUGCUAACACGUUGACUGUUUUGACUUCAAACCCACAAUCAAUUUUGUUGGCAGGAAACAAGUUUGUUGAAUUGGCUACUAGAGAGUCUGAUAAUAACGUUAAAAUUAUCACUUUAGAGAGAAUAAAUCAAUUACACAAGCAACAUCCUGGUGUGUUACAAGACUUGUCAUUAGAAAUUUUACGAGUUUUAUCUUCCCAAGAUUUGGAUGUUAAAAAGAAAGCUCUUGAUGUUACUUUACAAUUUAUCACCACCAGAAAUGUUGAAGAUGUUGUUAAGUUAUUGAAGAAAGAAUUGCAGUCUACAGCUUUAUCCAAUGAUGACAAGAAUGCAGAUUAUAGACAGUUGUUAAUUAAUGCCAUCCAUCAAUUGGCUAUUAAAUUUGUGGAGGUUGCUGCCAAUGUCAUUGAUUUAUUGUUGGAUUCUAUAGCCGAUUUGAAUACCACUGCCGCCUACGAGGUUAUCACAUUUGUUAAAGAAGUUGUUGAGAAAUUCCCAGAUUUAAGGGACGCUAUUUUGAGAAGAUUGAUUUUGGCUUUGCCACAUGUGAAAAGUGGUAAAGUUUUCCGUGGUGCAUUAUGGGUUAUUGGUGAGUAUGCCUUAGAGGAAUCAUUAAUACAAGAAUCUUGGAAAUAUAUUAGAGGAAGUAUUGGUGAAGUACCAAUUAUUGCUAGUGAAUUGAAACUGAAAAAGCGUGAUGAUACUGAGGAAUCACAAGAGGAAGAAACCGAGUAUGAUGGUAAACCUCGCAGAAAGGGUCCAGUUGUAUUGCCAGAUGGUACCUACGCUACUGAGUCAGCAUUGACAAGCGAAACAACUGACUCUUUGGAAAGUGACAGCAAGACUCCUAUCAGAAAGCAAAUUCUUGCUGGUGAUUUCUACUUAGGUGCUGUAUUAGCAUCAACUUUGGUGAAAUUGAUUCUCCGAUUGCAAAGUUUGAAACAAACUCAAGAAAAAAUUUUGAACGGAUUAAAAGCAGAAGCAUUGUUGAUUAUGGUUUCGAUUUUAAGAGUUGGGGAAUCUAGCUUGGUUUCUAAGAAAAUUGAUGAGGAUUCUGCUGACAGAAUUUUGUCUUACAUCAAGAUUUUGAACGAUGAAGAAGACCUUCAGGAAAUCAAGACAAGCUUCCUUGAAGAUACUAAAGAUGCAUUUAAAGCACAAAUUAAUAAUGCUGAAUUGAAGAAAGCAGAAGCAUUGGCUAAGGAUUUGCAUGAUAACGCUGAACAAAUUGACGAUGCAAUUGUUUUUAGACAGUUGGAUAAAGAUAACAAAAAGAGUAAAGCUUCUGUGGAUGAUGUUGCUGCUGCGUCAGGAAGCAAUGAAUUAAAGAAAGAAAAUUUGUCGUCGAGAUUGAACAAAAUUAUACAAUUGACUGGGUUUUCCGAUCCUAUUUACGCAGAGGCAUUUGUCAAAGUUCAUCAAUACGAUGUUGUGUUAGAUGUCUUGCUAGUGAAUCAAACCACAACUACUUUAAGAAACUUAUCAGUUGAAUUUGCUACAUUGGGUGAUUUGAAAGUGGUUGAUAAACCAACUACCGCAAAUAUUGGACCUCAUGGUUUCUACAAAGUUCAAACAACUAUUAAAGUUACUUCGGCUGAUACUGGUGUCAUCUUUGGUAACAUAGUGUAUGACGGUCAACACUCGGACGAUUCACGUAUAGUUAUUUUGAAUGACGUUCACGUUGACAUUAUGGAUUACAUUAAGCCAGCCACUUGUUCAGAAAGUCAAUUCCGUAAAAUGUGGAACGAAUUUGAAUGGGAAAAUAAGAUAACCAUUAAAUCACCUAUUGAAACAUUGAAAGAGUACUUGGAUGAAUUAAUGAAGGGUACAAAUAUGCAAUGCUUGACACCGGGUGCGGUAAUUGGAGAAGAAUGUCAAUUUUUAUCAGCAAACUUGUACUCAAGGUCAAGCUUUGGUGAAGAUGCAUUGGCUAAUUUAUGUAUAGAGAAACAGAGUGAUGGACCAAUAAUUGGUCAUGUCAGAAUAAGAUCAAAAGGUCAAGGUUUGGCUUUGUCAUUGGGUGAUAGAGUAGCUUCCAUUUCAAGAAAAGGUAAGAAGGCAACUAUUGCUCGUGUUUAA